CACACUCCCACCAGCCACGAUUAGCACACCCCUCCACACCCUGCCCCAAUCCCUAUCAGAGGUUCAGAAGGAAAGCCGUGAUCUGGAAAGGGCAUCGUUGCUGAAUGUGGCCGACGUGGACGAGUUCCGGCAUCCAAUACCAAAAACGCGAGGAAACCCAAAACAUCCCAGAGCCUGCAAGCGUCGAGAUGGCGGACCCACUCAACGACGACUUUUUGAACGAUUCUUCACCGCUGGAUAUGAGGAGCGGGCAGACGCCCAAAACUCCGCUAGAAAGGCAACAGUUUGAUAGAUCAUCACAAAGCCGCCCACCAACCAGCCGCAUCUUCUCGCGCGAAAUCGCGGACAAACCACCCCUCCAUCCAUAUGACGACUUAUACACCAUGCCUCCGAGCUCCUCCACCCCACCACCCAAACAGUCCAUCUCCCUCAAACAGAAAUCCAGCCCGGCACGCCUUUUCGUUGCACCCGUGAAGUCCUUCGGCGACUGGAUGAAAGAUAGAGGCCGCGUACCCAAUACCAAAACGAAGGAAGCCGUACCUGCUGGAGAUGACGUGCAGGCUAAGACUGCGUCGGAAGGAACUGCUGUCGACCGGGUUCGGAAGGAGGAGAAAACAGAGCCUGCUGCUCUUCCGCCGCCACCAAUAGACGAACGCGUGCCGUCCCCACCUUCUGUGGUGCAUUCAGCCGAAUCCCCACACGACACUCUUGAGAUCAAACGAGAGCAGACGAUGUCGCCUCCUUCCGUAGCCUUGGCCGCAGAACCAAACCAUACCCCGACGGCCGCCACAAUGAAGUUGGACGACACCCCAGAGCCCGAACCGGAACCGGCGCCGCAGAAGGCGCGCAUUUCGCCGACAUUCCCGUAUCCCAAUGAAGAGGCACUGAUUCCGCAAUCACCGAUAAACGCAAUGCCGAAACCGCAACGACAACAAUCAUCAUCGGCCAAGAUCAAAACUGAGCCAGUUGGUGAGAAAUGGACCGCGGGCCAGCCUUCUCCUUGUGUCAACCCUUCACCGUCUAAACCAGCCCUCGGAUCUGCUGCAAUCGCCCGCGACUCACCGACCAUGAUGUCCCCAGGCUUUCUGCACGGAACCGCGCCACCAAAUUCCUACAAAACCGUCGACGACAGCGCACUCGAAUCCGGCCACACUUUCACAAAGAAAACCGCAAACGUGCCCGCACGGCCCCAGUCGGCCUACGGCAUACUGACCCCGGUAAAGCCGGCGGCAAUGGACCCGAAAGCGAUCGCAGACUUUGACCCUCUUCAAAAGAACACAUCCGAGAACGACUGGUUCCUGAAAUGGGAUUCGCCACAGGCGGUUCCUCCAGCUGCUGUACCACAAUCUUCUCGGACACCUGCGAAACAGAGAUCGAUGGGCAACUUGACGAGUCCACCGCCGUCACUACUGGAUUCCGUGAUCGAGUGUCCGACGCCGAGGAGUAUUCCAAGGUAUUCGGAGAAGGAUGUGCAGGAGAAGAUUCGGAUAUUGCGCGAGAAGUAUGAAUCCCAGUUCGAGAUAGUGCGCGCAUCAAUAUUGCAGGAGGCGAAAGACGAACAUGACCGGAGGUGGAAUAAACUCAAUGAGGACUGGGAACAGUUCAAGGAUCAUGUGAAUGAGCUGCGCAAAACGGAAUUAGAGAACGCGCAGAUGGAAUACGAGCGCCUGUACACGCAAAUGAAGACCGUGUACGAUGACAAGCAACGGCUCGCAAAAGAGAACGAGUUGUGGGAGGUCAAGAACAAACAGCUGCAGAUGGAUGUAACGGAUAUGCGUGAGUCUACGAAGAAAUUGAUGGCCCAAAUCGAUAGUCUGAAAGAAGACUUGAGUGGCGCUGAGGGGCGGUAUACGCACUUGCGGGAGUAUGCCAACCAAAAACUUGAAGAAGCAAACACAGAGUUAGGCCGCAUGCAAGACGAACACGAGCAGGAGGUUUCGACCCUGAAAGCUAAAUCGAUGCGGCAGGAAGUGCAGAUGCGCACGUUACAGAGGUCGCUGGAGAGUAAAGAGGCGGAGAAUUCUCAGCUUUCGAGCAUUGUUGAUAAUUUGGUGAUGCGGCUUGAGCGGAAGUGACACUGGCCUGUUUUUAUACAAGUUGCCUUCAUCGGCGACGCCUCAGACAGAGGUACAAUGAUGUGGAUGGCAGAUAACCACCACGGAAAAUGGGAUGGGGUGAGGAUUC